AUGUGCUUCUUCAAACAACUUUUCUUAUUUUUUAUAACAUAUACCUUGUUAACAAACACUUUUGUUGAAGGAAAGAGUUCAUUUCCUGGACACGAUGUUUGUAAAUUUGGAGACCAGAAUUUCCAGACAGAAUUCUUUUUAAAUGUUAUUAAAGGUAACAAGUUGGAAAACUUAAAAGAAGAAUACGAACAGUACAAAAAACAGAGUACUUUAUACACUGGCUUUGUAAUUGAAAAACAAUAUGAAUACCAGAUAGCGCCCUUAAGGAUCAAGAAUUUUCUGCAAGUGACCUUUUGUAAAGGAGGAAAAGCUGUUUGGAAUCACAUUCUUCCUUUUCAAAAGGAUUUAGACUGGGCAGAACCACUAUGCAUUCCACCCCUGGAGGAUAAUGCUACCUCCCAAAACAGCUCUAUAUGUUUCAAGUUUGCGAGGGUACAGAAAUAUACACAACGUAAUAUAACCCUUUACUUUCCUAAUAAAUUUGUUGGAUUUGUAUUUGUUUGCAAUUCUUCAAAUACACUUUCUCCAACUAAUAAAGAUUUCGAAACCAUUCCAUUAACGCCGAUUAUUUCUGAUAAUAUCAGAGACUACAAGAUAUUUUGGUCAAUCAAAGGCACAAUUACCAAAUUAGUUCCUUAUCUACAUACCCUAAGCAUUCCUCUGUCCAGAUAUGAGAUGCUUGUUCGCCCUGAUAACUAUGAAUCAGGAGAAUUGGAAUAUAAAUCCUUGACUUCGGAAUUUUGGAAAAGCUAUAAAAAUCUGGGAAAGUUUAAGAACAAAGAAAUCUCUUGGUUAAACCAAAUAGAUCCUAUGGAAAAAUACGAUAAUUCUAAGGGUGAAAACGUCCCGAAUUUUCAUGAAAAACUAGACUAUACAAUAAAUCGGAUCGCACAUAAUAUUGAAAGGCCUCAUGAUGCUCUGAUAAAGGCAAUGAAUGCACAUAACAGAAAUUCCAAUGGUGAAAACCUGACAAGAAGAAAAUAUUUGAGGAGGAAGAUCUCAAAGAUGUUAAAAAAUAGAAUACCUUUCAAAAACUGA